CCUCUCUCUCACUCUGGCUCUCAGUGCCUCUGUCCAGACUGCUGCUCCAGACCUCACCGCCCCUUUCCAUUCAAACCAACUUUAAGCCACACGUCUGUGCGUGAGCCAGCAUUUCAUCCAGAGCCUGCUGUGUGCCUUCAGGAGCCUCUUAGUUUGUUAAAGCUUCAGUUGGAGGAUAGUGACCAACAGUGACCAAGAUGAGGAUCGUACUGCUGCUGCUGGUCGCCCUGGCAGGGCCUUUCUGUACCUUUAUCCAAGCAAGUACUCUGGUGGUGCCAACAGCGGCUGAGGUGACUCCAGACCCAGUCAUUUCAUCAGAAACGACUGCUGUCAUUGCCACAACAGAAGCAUCAGCUCCUCAAGAGGCUGCUUCAACACCAGGCCCUGUUUCUGAGGCUACAGAAGCAGCUGCCUCAACAGAAGAAGCGCCAUCAGUUUCCACAGGAGCACAAGUUACACAAUCAGUAAUCCCAAUAGAAACCACAGCCCCAAGAGAUGCAGCAAAAUCAACAGCUCUACCAGCAGUGGUGGCCACCACUGAAACCCCUACUGAGGUCACAAAGUCGAUAGCAGAACCAGGAGAUGUAGAGAUAGAGGGGGAAGAAGGUGAGAUAUACCACAGACAUACAGUGUAA